UUUGUAAGAAAGUGUCGAUUGUCGAGUGAUGGAAUACUUUACUCCAUGCAUGCCACAAGAAGAAUAAGGACAAUUUACAAGUGGAUACAACAAGAUUACCAUUAUUGUUGUUUUUUACUUUUAAUAUCUCUUCGCGUAAAACGGGUUAUUUGUUUGGAGCUUCAAUUCACUAAAUCGCUUUCCAGCACCAGCUUUUCUUGAGAAGCUACCAUGGUGGUAGUGCAAAGCUACUGUGAGGCCAGCGCUUCCAUCUCCGAAGCCUGGCUGGAGGGCGGCAUCUCGCCCUGCUUCUACUUCACCCUGGUGCCCACCGUCCUGCUUACCCUCUCCUUCUUCUUCGGCGCCUUCCACUGCGUCUGCUACCGCCGCUACGGCACCGAGAUGGAGCCCAAGUUCGUGCCGCGCUCGCGCCUCUAUGGCCUCCAACUGGCAGUCUCCCUACUCCUCCUGCUGCAGUUCCUAGGGGGCUGUGUGGAGGGCAGCCGGAGGAGGGGAGCUCCCGGCUAUGUGGUGCUGUACGGAUGCCUGUCCAUGCUGGGCUGGGUCUGGGCAGUGGCCCUGCUAAGGCUGGAGAGGAGGAGGGUGCUGGUGAGGGACCGGACGCGGGGCCACAGCACGGUGCUGCUGCUCUUCUGGGCUGUGGCAUUUUCAGCAGAGAACCUGGCCUUCGUCUCCUGGGCCAGCCCCUACUGGUGGUGGGGCCUGGAGAACACACAGCAGCAGGUGGAGUUUUCUCUGUGGUUGAUGCGCUACCUCGGCACAGGAACACUCUUCUUCCUGGGCCUGAAGGCUCCGGGGUUGCCACGGAGACCAUAUAUGCUCCUGAUCAACGAGGACGAACGUGACGUGGAGGGCGGCACUGGCCAGCCCCUGUUGGAUGGGACAGAGGAAUCCCAGUCUACCUGGCAGGACUUUGGGCAGAAGGUGCGUCUGCUGGUGCCCUACAUGUGGCCCAAAGGCAGCAUGCUGUUACAGGGCCUGGUGGUGCUCUGCCUGUGCCUGCUGGGUCUGGAGAGGGUCAUCAAUGUCUUUGUGCCCAUCUACUACAAGAACAUUGUGAAUGAGCUGACUGAUGGAAGCAGCUGGAAGACCUUGGCCACCACUGUGUGUGUCUAUGUCUUGCUCAAGUUCCUGCAAGGUGGAGGGGCAGGUGCGUCUGGCUUCAUCAGUAACCUGCGCUCCUUCCUGUGGAUCCGCGUGCAGCAGUACACCAACCGGGUGGUGCAGGUGCGUCUGUUCGGCCACUUGCACUCACUGUCACUGCGCUGGCACCUGGGCCGACGCACCGGGGACGUCCUGCGUAGCAUCGACCGCGGCACCUCCUCCAUCAACAGCCUGCUCAGCUACAUUGUAUUCAGCAUCUUCCCCACCAUCGCAGAUAUCGUCAUCUCCAUCAUCUACUUCAUCACCUACUUCAACGCCUGGUUCGGACUCAUCAUAUUCGUCUGCAUGUUCCUCUACCUCACCCUUACCAUCAUCAUCACGGAAUGGAGGACCAAGUACAGGCGAGACAUGAACACCCAGGACAACAACACAAAGUCCAAGGCUGUGGACUCCCUGCUCAACUUUGAGACGGUGAAGUACUACAACGCAGAGAAUUACGAGGUGAACCGUUUUGAGGAUGCCAUCCUGAAGUAUCAGACCUCAGAGUGGAAGACACAAGCCUCUCUGGCAUUCCUGAACCAGACACAGAACCUGAUCAUCGGUUCAGGUCUACUGGCCGGGUCACUGCUCUGUGCCUACUUUGUCCAGGAAGGCAAGUUUAAGGUUGGAGACUUUGUCCUCUUCGGCACCUACAUCAUCCAGCUCUACACCCCUCUCAACUGGUUUGGAACCUACUACAGAAUGAUCCAGAACUCCUUUAUCGACAUGGAGAGCAUGUUUAAGCUCUUCACAGAGGAAGAGGAGGUGAAGGACAUGGUGAAUGCAGGGAACCUUCUCUAUAAACUGGGAAAAGUGGAGUUUGAGAAUGUGUACUUUAACUACACUGACGGGAAGGAGAUCCUUAAGGACGUAUCAUUCACUGUGCAGCCAGGCCAGACUGUUGCAUUGGUUGGCCAGUCAGGGUGUGGUAAGAGCACCAUCCUUCGCCUGCUCUUCCGUUUUUAUGACGUCCAGGGAGGAUGCAUCCGCAUCGAUGGCCAGGACAUCUCUAAGGUGAAGCAGGUGUCUCUGCGUGCCCACAUUGGCGUGGUGCCCCAGGACACGGUCCUCUUCAACGACAACAUCCGCGACAACAUCCGCUAUGGACGAAUCUCUGCCAGCGACCACGAAGUGGAGGAGGCGGCUAUCGCCGCAGACAUUCACGAGAAGAUCCAGACGUUCCCAGAAGGAUACGACACCCAGGUGGGCGAGAGGGGUCUGAAGCUGAGCGGGGGGGAGAAGCAGAGGGUGGCUAUCGCCCGGACCAUCCUCAAGGCCCCUCAGAUCAUCCUGCUGGAUGAGGCCACAUCUGCUCUCGACACACAGACGGAGCGCAACAUUCAGGCGUCGCUCACCAAAGUGUGCUCCAAUCGGACCACCAUCGUCGUGGCUCACAGGUUGUCGACCAUCAUCGGUGCCGACCAGAUUCUUGUUCUAAGUGACGGUCAGAUAGCAGAGCGAGGACGGCAUGAUGAGCUGCUGGCUAAGGGAGGGUUGUACUGUGACAUGUGGAUGAAGCAGCAACAUGCCCAGGACUCAGACUCAGCCUCUGACACAGAAGCCAAAGACAGGAAGUCUGAGAAACUACAGCCCCCAUCAGUCACUGCAGGCCACAGGAGCCACUGAGGAUAGGGUGAGAGGUUCAAGGAUAUGUAGACAUUGUGAGGAGAUGGAGGAGGACGAGAGACGCAGUGAGAGUAUUAGAUACCUCAAAAGGCUGUUUUGUCUGCACUUUUUUCAGGUAUCUGUCCAUCGAGGUUCAUUCGGUCAUGAGUGAAGUUUUAAGCAGAUAUUUAUUGGGUAUUUAAUGUUUGAUCAUUCAAUCAAAAUGUUUGUGCCAUGAAUGCCUCAGGCCAGUUGUUUUUAAGUGUAUUCAGGAUCGUGUUCAUUAGGUUAACAGAAAAUGUUUUAAAAUGUUUUAAAAUCUAAAAUUAGUGUUUCUUAUUGGACAAGUCCAGGAAGUCCCUCCUUAUUGCAGUCUGUUUUGAUCCGUUUUCUGCGUAAUUAAUCUCACUUGCCCCAGCGCAAUUUUUUUAAAUUGAGUCAAAUGCUCGUUAACGUGUCGGAAAAGAUAGUAGAACGAGUAGCAGAAGCAGGGCGGUAGCUCCCUCCCACACACACUCUUUCUGCAAGUUACGGGCAAGUCUAGGGGGCCAAAUGUCCCCUUCCAAAAUGUGAAAGAUAUGAACACCUGCAAAAUCCUAAUUUAUCCAAAUAAUCAGUGGCAAAAAUCUGUGCACCUCGCUGUUGUCGCAUCCCACAGUCUGUUGACAUACACUACGAUACCAUUUCUGUUACAUGCGUCUGUCCACGAGAGAUUAGUGCCUAAUGAACAUGACCCAGGACUCAGUAUAAUUUGUCCUCUUGCUGUCUGAAGUCGGUUGACUGCAGCCGUCCAGAGAAGUGGCAACAAGUCCAAAGUAGACUAAUACCUACCCUUAAGCGCAGGUAUAGGCAGUUUGGCACAGUGUCUCACAAAACUUUGAAUUGUUGACUAAUGUUUAGGGGUUGACGAAUGUAUUAGUUUUAUUUACAAGCAUCUAGAGAUUAUUUUAUUUUUACUAUACCCACUUUAAGCUUAUUUUUUUUAGCUAUUAUACAAGCAAUAGACUUACAUUAUACUUUAUAGACUAAUGAAACGAUUCAGACCGAAUUGAAUGUUUAAACAAAGAAAUUCAAAAAAAAAAAAAUUAGAA